AUGCCUUCCACUACUGGUUUUGAAGGUAGAAUCAAGGGAGAUAAUGCCGAAUUGAAGAACAGGAAGGAGGUUUCUAGCGAUGAAGAAGAAGUUUUAGAUGAGAAGGAAGAUUACUCAAAGGAAAAAUCAACAGAGCAAGAUCCAUUGGUUAAGAUAGAAGCAUGGAUAAUGCCAUUGGUUUUUACGGCAUUGGCAUUUUUCAUUAGAAUGUACAAGAUCGGUGCUAACAACCGUGUGAUUUGGGAUGAAGCUCAUUUUGGUAAGUUUGGAUCUUAUUAUUUGAGACAUGAAUUCUAUCACGAUGUGCAUCCACCAUUGGGAAAGAUGCUCGUUGGUCUAUCUGGUUAUCUCGCUGGUUACAACGGCUCCUAUGACUUUACAUCUGGUGAGUUUUAUCCUGAAUGGGUUGAUUUUAUCAAGAUGAGAAUUUUCAACGCUGCCUUCUCUGCUCUGUGUGUUCCAUUGGCAUAUUUUACCGCUAAAUCCAUUGGUUUCUCUUUACCAACUGUUUGGUUAUUUACGUGUUUGGUUUUGUUCGAAAAUUCUUUUACAACGUUAGGUAAAUUUAUCCUAUUGGAUUCUAUGCUUCUAUUCUUCACAGUGGCUUCAUUUUAUUGCUUUGUCACUUACCAUAGUUAUAGAAACCAACCAUUUUCCAGAAAAUGGUGGAAGUGGAUUAGUUUGACUGGUAUUACCCUCGGAUGUACCAUUUCUGUCAAGAUGGUAGGUCUUUUCAUCAUUACUGUGGUUGGUAUUUACACCGUGGGUGAAUUGUGGACAUUUUUGGCUGACAAGAAGAUGUCUUGGAGGACUUACUUUUUCCAUUGGUUUGCUAGAAUUGUUUGUUUGAUCUUAAUACCAUCUGCCGUUUUCAUGCUUUGUUUCAAAGUUCACUUUGAUCUUUUGAGCCAUUCUGGUACUGGUGAUGCUAACAUGCCAUCUUUGUUCCAAGCCAAUUUGCAAGGUAGUGGAGUCGGUGAAGGUCCUCGUGAUGUUGCAUUAGGUUCAUCCCGUGUUGCUAUUAAGAACCAAGCCUUGGGUGGUUCUUUGCUACAUUCCCACAUUCAAGCUUUUCCAGAGGGUUCCAACCAACAACAAGUCACUUGCUAUGGUUUCAAAGAUGCAAACAAUUUGUGGCAAUUUGAUAGACCUAGAGGCUUACCAGGUUACAACGAAAAUGAAACCGAUAUUGAAUUCAUUACACAGGAUACAGAAUACAGAUUGGUCCAUAUAAGCACCGGUAGAAAUUUGCACACUCAUCCUAUUCCAGCACCUAUAUCUAGACAAGCUUGGGAAGUUUCUGGUUAUGGUAAUGCUGAAAUUGGUGAUGUUAAGGAUAACUGGGUCAUCGAAGUGAUGGACCAAAGAGGCCCUGAAGAUACUUCUAAGAUCCACCCAUUGACUACUUCCUUCCGUAUUAAAAACGCUGUGUUAAACUGUUAUUUGGCUCAAACCGGUCAACAUCUACCGGAAUGGGGGUUCAGACAAUCAGAAGUUGCUUGUGUGAAAGAUCCAUUCAGAAGAGAUAAGAGAACUUGGUGGAACGUCGAAACUCAUGAAAACGAAUUACUACCACCAAGACCCGAGGGCUUCAAAUUCCCAAAGACUAAUUUCUUCAAGGACUUUAUUCACUUGAAUUUGGCCAUGAUGGCUACCAACAACGCUUUAAUCCCAGAAAAUGAUAAAUUGGACUAUUUGACUUCUGCUGCAUGGCAAUGGCCUUCCUUGAAUAUUGGUCUAAGACUAUGUGGAUGGAGUGAUGAUAACAUUAGAUACUUUUUGCUAGGUACUCCAAUUUCUACCUGGGCUUCAACUGCCGCUGUCGGGAUAUUUGCCGUUUUGUUUGUCCUUUUGGUCCUGAGAUGGCAAAGACAAUACAACGAUUUGAACAAGCCAGGUGAUUUCAAUUUAUUCUUGAUCGGUGGUGUUUUCCCCAUGCUAGCCUGGGGUACACAUUUCGUACCAUUUUUGAUUAUGUCCAGAGUUACUUACGCGCACCACUAUCUGCCAGCACUAUAUUUUGCAUUAAUUGUUUUAUCCUACAUUUUCGAUGCUGGUUUAAAGAGCUGGUCCGUCACUAAGACUAACCAAGUUUUGAGAUUAGCCAUUUAUGCUCUAUUUGGCAUCUCCGUCAUUGCAUGCUUCUUUUAUUAUGGACCAAUUUCAUUUGGUAUGGAAGGUGCAAUCUCCGAUUUCCAAUACUUGGAUUGGUUACCGCGCUGGUACAUCUCUGAUAAGCACAAAAUGCCAUGA